AUGGCCUCGAAUGAUAAGCCCGGGGUCGAGCUAGAGGAGAACAUCAAGGACAAACGUGUCCCUCCCACCUACGUGAUUGACCCCGUUGAGGAGAAGAAGGUGGUCAGGAAACUGGAUCGAGUGAUUCUACCGCUUAUGGCUUUUGUUUAUUUCUUCCAAUACCUCGAUAAGCAAAGUAUCAAUUACGCCGCUGUCUUUGGCUUAAAAAAGGAUCUUGGGCUCAGCGGUGCGGAUUUCUCAUGGGCCGUCUCGCUCUUCUACUUCGGCCAGCUGUUCUCGCAGUAUCCCGCGGCGUAUCUGAUGAGUAGGGUGCGGAUUACAUCGUUUGUGGGAGUCACAGUGAUCCUCUGGGGCGCCGCCGAGAUGUGUCUUGCCGCCACGCAAGACUUCAAAAGUCUGGCUGCGGUCAGGUUUCUUCUCGGAUUCUUCGAAGGCGCCGUAUCUCCCUCCUUCGUGAUCAUCACGAGCAACUGGUACUGUCAAAGGGAACACCCUGUUCGAGUUGCAACAUGGGUCUCCAUGUUCGGCGUCGCCCAGAUCGUCGGCGCCCUCAUGAUGUACGGCGUCAGCAGCGCCGACCUGUCCAUCCAGACCUGGCGAGUGAUGUUUCUCAUCUGCGGCGGCCUGACCGUUCUCGGCGGCCUGCUCUUUACCUUCCUCAUGCCUCGCGACAGCACCACCGCCUGGUUCCUGAACGAUCGCGAACGCCAGAUCGCCACCGAGCGUCUGGCCCUGGACCGCGCCACCCGCGACCAGACCAGCUUCAACUGGGCCCAGGCCAAGGAAGCCGUCACGGAUAUCCGCACGCUGAUGUACGCCCUGAUGGCGCUGUUCAUCACCUUGCCAACGGCCAUUCUCAAAUUCUCCUCCCUCGUCAUCGAAGGCUUCGGCUUCAGCGCCUUCGAAACAAUGCUGGUCGGGCUGCCCACCGGCGCAGUAGCGUUCAUCCUCUGCUGGGUCGGCGCGCUGGUCCCGCUCCACUGGCCCAACACGCGGUGCUUCACGGGGAUCUUCCUCGCGGCGAUGCCCAUGCUCGGGAGUCUGCUUCUGCUCGCCCUCCCGGCGUCCAGCAACUGGGGCAUCGUGGUGAGCACGUGGUUCGCGUCGUGCAACUCGCCGGCGCUCAGCAACGCCGUCGGCCUCAUGGCGUCCAACGUGCGCGGCAACACGAAGAAGUCCGUCGUCGGGGCCAUCUUUUUCGUAAUGUACUGCGUCGGGUGUAUUGUGUCGCCGCAGCUGUGGACAGCCGCCGAUGCGCCGCGGUACUUCAAGGGGUGUGUGACGAGUGUGGUGAGUUUGGGGCUGCUGGGGGUCUCGUUGGGGGUGUUCUAUGCGACGGCGAGGUGGAGUAAUGCGCGGAGGGAGAGGGGGGCGAGGGCGGGGGAGGGAGAGGACGGUGUUGGUGCUGGGGCUGGGUUGGAUGUGGAUGCGGAUUUGACGGAGAAGCAGGAUAGAGGAUUUAGGUAUACUUAUUAG